UCUGCUUAUCAGCUAGUUUCAUCACAGUUGCUAGUCCUUAAAGAUAACAAUGUGAAAUUGUAUUAAUGGAGAACGCUUUAUAGGGUCCAGAUUAUGACUCUGCUAAUGAAGAAGAGAUUGCGCUUGAACGUUCUCGACUGUGUGCACUAUUACGUGACUGGGAGACGGCGAGUACCAACAGUAGUCUUAACCGUUCAGCACCAUCUACACCGGCCCAUCGCAAACUACCAUCUAAACCACAGGGUCCAUUGCCAGCACCAUACUACCAUCUACACAUGAAUGGUGACCUUUUCCUUCAGCAACAGAAUCAGCAUCAUCACCAGCAGCUGCAGCUUCAGCAGCAGCACCAACACUUGCAGCAACAGUUCUUCCAGCAACACCUACAGUACCAGCAGCAUGUCAGCAGAGGACAGUUUGUGGCACCCUCUUCCCCACAGAUCGCACGUGUUACUCCGGUUAUAAGAAACUAUCAGCCUAUGUCUCCUGUGCCAACACAACAGCGUGCCAGCUCCAUUGUGCAGUAUCGGCAGUCGAGAGGGGCGUACACGGAGCUGGCAUGACAGUCAUUGCACCCCUUCUCACAUAGGAUUCUCUAAUCUCAGGACUUGGCUGUUGGAAGUAACUGUGAUUGUCGUAGUCUGAUUGACUGAUAUAAGACAGCUAAGGUGUUCAUAUUUCAGAAGUGGUGAAGAUGCAUAAACUAUAAUGAUGUUAGCUGACUGUACCACAACCCUCUCUUGCCAUGUCUUGGCAGUAUAUUUGUGCACUUCAUCUGUUCCAUCCCAUAUUUAUUCAGAUUUGAUCA